UUUCACUUUCACUUCUUCUAACUUCUUCAAAAGUAAUAAACACGAAACGCACCGGUGCGCUUGGAUAUUUUCUUUAAUUAGUAUGCGUUGGUAAUUAAUCUGAUUAAAAGCUUGAUGUAUAUAUGCUGUAUUGAAGGAAAUACAGGAUUGUAAUGAAAAAAGAACUGUUAAACAUCGAUGCAAUCUCGAAAAAACCAUGAUAAGGCAUCUAAAGCUUCAAAGGAGGCAGAUAUCCUUGUCUCUGGGCUUAGUGUCGUCAUAACUCCAGGAAAAACAAAUGCUACUGAAAAGCCGAAACAGACCCCUCCGAAGAUUGCAUCAAAACCACAAGCAUCGAAAGCUUCUCCUAGGCGAAAAUUUCCGACCAGAACAGAUGACAUAAAAAAUGUGCAAAGCACAUUACAUCGAAAUCAGUCUCCAUCUCCAUCCAGAGGCUCUAGUCGAGCAUCAUCCAGCCCUGUGUCCUCAACAUCUUAUGUUUCCGAUGCCUGCACUUCCCUUUCCAAGGUGGAAGAUGCAACAACUGCCACUUCGACAUCUAUGUCUUCUUCUCCCGUCAAUGCCGGCCCGUCCUCAUAUAGAGCUCAGUGGGUCCUCUCAAGAAAACUCUCUGGAAGAUCUAGAUUUAGUGAAUUACAAGGAAAAUCUAAGGUAGCUGUUAGAGUUGCAGAUGAUGGAAAAAUUUACAUCAAGAGAUCAUCAGAGGACAGGACGUUGGACCCUGACCGUCUAAUGAUUGAUAGGUGUAACUUAACUCGUUUUCCAAUCAUUGAAGGAGAAGAGCAGCUCCAUUUACUUAAUUUGCAGCAAAAUCAAAUUACAGUUAUUGAGAAUUUAGAAAUAUUCUCAAAUUUAAAGUUUCUUGACUUGUCAGACAACUUGUUUGAACAAAUUACUGGUCUAGAUAAUUUAUUUUCCCUCAGAGUACUUAUUCUGUCCAGAAACAGGAUUCAUUAUAUUGAUGGUCUUCAAAACUUAAACCAUUUGGAUGUUCUUGAUCUUAGUGGAAAUGAGAUAAAAGAAAUAACAAAUGUUCAUCAUCUCCAUGAGUUAAGAGUGCUAAAUCUAUCAUCAAAUCAUAUUAACCAAAUUAGUGGGUUAAGAGGAUUAAAAUCUUUGGUUGAGUUGAAUUUAAAUAAAAAUUUUAUCUUGGAAGUAACUGAAGUAGAUGUGUUGCCUCGUCUGCAAAGACUGUUCUUGUCACAAAAUUCUAUUGAAAGGUUUGAAGACAUGUACUGUGUCAGCAACGUUCCAUUACUUUGUGAUUUAUCUUUAGAAGGCUGCCCAAUAACUGUAUUUCCAAAUUAUCGCCAUCUCAUCUUGUAUAAUAUACCACAACUGAAAGUCCUGGACACAAGACGAGCUUUGGAUGAGGAAAGACGCACAGCUCAAGCCUUGAUGCGCAAAGAAGAACAGAGAAGGCAGGAAGGUAUCCGUCAAGCAAAAGUCAAAGAAGCGAAGAUAAAAGCCAUUGCCACUGCUCGGCAGUUAUGGGAAACGUCUUGUAAAGAACCUGAAACUCUUUUGCAAAGAGAGUCACCAUCAUCUACAUCAUCCAUAGCUUCAGCUGUUCCAUUGCAUUUAUUAGCAACUAGAUCUUGCCACUCUUUCAGUGAAGAAGAAGAAGAUUUAUUUUGUUCCUAUUGUGGUGGACAAGGAGGUGAAUGCAGUGCCUGUGAUGGUGGAAGAUUAAAAAUUAUGUCGAAUGGUUUAAAUCAAAAAUCUAGGAAAUCAAAACAAAGAUCUCAAAAAAGAGGUCAUGAUGUCUUAAAAGCCAACAAAAAAUCAAGAACAUCUGUUGCAUUAGAUUUGGAAGUUGCUGAUUCAAGAUUGACAUAUCUAGCUGAGUUAGAAUUUGGUAACUUGCAAUUAUAUGGUCCUGGUGCUGUCGCAGCUACAAUAAGUAACACUUGGGCUCCACAGACUGUUGCUCUAAUACACACUGUGUGCUUCCAUUUUAUUGUUUUUGAUAGUAUAGCUCAUUUGCUGGGUAAAAUGAAAACACAAUUUCCUAAUAUUGAAGCAGCUUCAUUUGAAUGUACUUGUAUAGAAUCUUUAUCCCAACUGAAUGCAUUAGGUCAAAUUCCAGGUCUUAAAAUUUUAACGAUUGAAAGUGAGGGAAAUCCUAUAUUACAAUUAUCUUUAUGGAGAAUGUAUGCUGUGUACAGAUUGGGUCCAACGAUUGAACUUAUAAAUGGUGCAACGGUAACAGAACUUGAAAGAGUUAGAGCGGAAGAUAUUUUUGGAGGCCUUGGUUUUGCAGCUUCUUUGUUACUUCCGAAGUAUAGGUUAUCUUCUUUGUUAAAUAGUCCUAGAGUAAAACAAAUGUUUUUAAAAGAAAAGGGAUACUCUCCCAACAGCUUACAAAGACAACCAGACUGCCAAGUGGCUGCCGAAGUUAUGAAAGCUGCAUUUACUUACAAUCCUGAUUAUGAAUACUCUUUACCUGGAUACAAAACUACUGCAAGUAAAAUUGUGGAAAAAAAUCUAUUGCGUGUGGAAGAAGCUUUAAAAAAACGUUUAGUCUUUCAACGGCUUUGGCCGUCCAUGUUUUUAGGAAUAGUCAAUGAUGCAUUAGAAGAUUAUAUUGAUUUGAAUCGCCAUAUGAAACUGUCCAUGCUAAGCUUGCUUAAGAAAUGCAAAUCUUUAGAUGAAAGUGAUAGCAAUGAUUGAAAUAAAUUUUUGAAGACCAUUUUUAAAUAAAUUACCAAAAUUUCAUUAACUCAUUUUUUCUUUUCUGGCUGCAAUUUGGCAACUUUCAGUUUUCUUUUUUAAUUGACAAUCAAUGCUUCAUACAAAUGAACCACAAAUUUCAAUACUUCGGGUAAACUUUGAAUCUUGUUAUAUAUGAAUUUUGCUUUAAUAAAGCUUAUCUAUUUAU